AUGUCUGGAAAAGUUUACUUCAUCUCAGGUGGGAACCGUGGUAUUGGAUUCGAAUUUGUUAAACAAUUAUCAUCAAACCCUGAAAACACCAUCAUUGCAAGUGCAAGAGAUAUUUCAAAAGCUACUGAAUUGCAACAAUUAGCAGAUGCUCAAGGUAAUAUUAAGAUUGUCACUCUUGAUGUUGCUGACCAAACUUCAAUUGAUGCAUUGGGUGCUCAAUUAAAACCAAUUGCAAAAGAUGGUAUUGAUGUUAUGAUUUCAAAUGCUGGUAUUGCUCAAACUGCAGCUUUUGCCCCAGAGACAAAAAGGGAAACUUAUGAAAUCCAUUAUAGAACAAAUGCUCUCGGUCCAAUUUUCUUAACCAAAGCACUUUAUCCAUUUUUAAAGCAAAAAGAAACAAGACAUUUGGUUUAUAUUUCAAGUGAUGCAGGUUCUAUUGGUGCUCAACAUCCAGUAACCACAUCUGCUUAUGGUCAAUCCAAAGCUGCGUUGAAUUAUAGUGUUAAGGAAAUCAGUUUUGAACUAGGUGCUGAAGGUUUCGUUGCAGUCGCCUUACACCCAGGAGCAGUUGUUACUGAUAUGGGUCAAGAAGCAAUUGCAGCUUUCCAAGAAUACCAACCAGCAUUAUUGGAGCAAUUCAAAGACAUCAUUAAGCAAUACCAACCUGAAGAAAGUGUCAAAUUAUUAUUGGAUAAUGUCAUUUUAAACUUGGACAAAGAAAAAAAUGGUAAAUUCUUCAACCUUUUAGGUGAAGAGAUCGUCUAUUGA